AACAGCUCCGACUAGACGAAAUCGAUCCGGUCGGCCGCAGGACAAUUCUGCCUUCGACGUUUCUAGGUGGCCCUCGGUACAUGAAACAAUGUUACCACGACGCAAUGUCCAUUGUGCAAACGUGGUCUUCCACAUGCACAUAUACUCAUCAUCUUGGAUGAGGACAGCAAGUUACUCACUGCCGACGACGUCGACAGUGUUGUGUGUGCCUACUUGCCUGACCCUGCAUCCGAAAGGCGCCUAUUCGACAGUGUAAAAUCGCACAUGAUUCAUGGUCCGUGUGGACCACUCAACCGCAACAGCCCGUGUAUGUUGGACAACAGUUGUACGAAGAAAUAUCCCAAAGAAUACAGCGAGGAGACUGUAUACAUUUCUGAUGGUGGUUACCCGACUUAUCGUAGACCGAACAAUGGACUUGUGGUCAACGUCAGAGGUCAUCCUGUCGCCAAUGAGUUUGUUGUCCCGUACAACCCAUACUUGCUGGUCAAGUAUGAUGCACACAUAAACGUUGAGGUGUGCUCUACCGUGAAGAGCGUAAUGUAUUUGUAUAAAUACGUCUACAAGGGCCAAGACGCAGCAACCUUGGAAGUUUGGAAUGGAGAUGAAAUUGAAAAGUAAUUGAAUUAAACUUAUAUU